AGUUAUCAACGAGCUGUGUCGUCGCUGGUGGUGUCAUAAAUGAGGUAACCCCGUAGAAGAUAUACCUACUAUUCUUGAGAUCAACAUUUCCUCGCAGGCUCUUAUUCAUGUUUAGUUUAGCAGCUCAUGAAGAUGUACUUCAGUUAUUAACUACUGGACCUUGGCACAUGGACAUCUAGACUGCAUCUCUGGAAGCCCUCGCAUCACCUAAUUGUAGUAUAUCACACAAAAGCCUCGCAUCAACUCAAUCUCAGCCCGGCACCGGUUACUUUCACGGCAGGCAUAUAUGCAGGACUUCAACCACAAGGGAGGACAACCCGGAAUAUUAUUGAAAAUUGGAUUGUUGAGUUGGAAGAAAGUAUCAAGUCACAACGCUGUAAGAUACCUAUAUAGGGCCCUAGACAUACACCAGUUCAAAGGGUUUUUUUUUUUCAAGAUAAAGUAGUUGUCAUUUAAAAGGCAAAGUAAAACCCAAAAGCGAUUCGGUGCCUUAAAUAUGGAUAACAAUGGCAGUAAUAUCACUUCAGAUUUCAAUAGCGAACCAGACUGGCCUCUGGUCAUACGAGAUGCCAUAUUCUUCAUCAUUGGAUUUGCGGGCAACGUAUGCCUCAUCUUCAUUGCGCUUAGAUACAAGAGCAUGCGCACUGUGCCGAAUUACCUGAUCACAAACUUGGCCGUUGUGGAUUUGGUGUUCAUAUGCUUGUUCCUUCCGACGGAAAUAUUAAAUGCAUUGAACUUGAAUUUGAGCCGAUAUGACUUCUUCAAGUCCGAGGCUCAUUGCACCUUUUAUAGAUACAUCAUGAACGUCUUCGUGGUCGUAUCUAUAUUCACACUGACGGCGCUAAGUAUCGACCGGUACCUGGCCGUUUCUAAACCGCUGGCGUGUCGUUCGUUGCGCAGUGGACGGCGUCGACUAUGUGCCGUGUUGCUCGGUAUCGUUCUCAUUUGGUCGGCUGCGUUUGUCAUCUCCAUUCCCGUCAUCAUGGUGACCAAACUCACAAACGAGGGCAAGUGCCUUCCGCGGAGACAUUCAGAAGUAUAUCGGGAUUUCAUGUACGCCUCAAUUGUAAUUAUACUCUUGAUACCCACCACAAUAAUAUCGACCAGCUAUUGCUGCACAGCCAAAAACCUACUCAAGUCCAACAGUCUGCUGGAAAGCCAAAAUGCUGUGCAGGUGUCACCGCGACAGCGCCGCCAACGGCUGCGUCUUGCUAUUGCUAUUGUCGUGAUCGUGGUUGUAUUCGUAAGCACGUGGACUCUGUACUACAGUCUAGAAGUUUUGUUUUGGAUCGACGGUGGCGUCCAUUACCUGGAUGAAAAAUGGCAGAUCUAUCCAGCGGUGAAUGUUUUUAAUAGUAUCGCAAACACAAUGAUCCGGAUCAACUCGGUCAUCAACCCGAUUAUUCUAUUCGUCGUAAGCUCGGCCCACAGGAGGCAUUUUAAGUCGGCAUUUUGUAGUUGUUUCCCGGGCCGAACGAACGACGAUCGUAAGCAGUGGAUGCAACUGUACAAAAACGCGUCCAUCACCGUGCACAGUUCGUUGGAGUCUGAAACGAGAAGAUCGCGUGCCGAUAACAGCAGACUUACUGUUGAUCAUGAAGUUUAGAUUUCUAAAAGACACACAUUAAAGUAAAAAAGAACAAGUUUCCAAAAAAAAAAAAAUGAUCGUGUGAAAUAAUAACAGGCUUUCUUGAUUAUUAUAUCCUUGAUAGUUGAUUGUGUCCAACAUGAUUCCAAAACAUGGCUGUUAUUUAAUAAUGACAUCAUUGAUCAUGCAUGAUCUUGCAUUCUUGAAUGUGCAUCAUUCCGAGUCGACUUAUUAAAACCAACAUAAAUUUUGAUCUCUGUAAAGGCCUGUAGCGAAAUUUGUAGAUAUCGUUAGUCUGGUUUACGAACACUAUAUUUAAGUAAUCAGUUUGGUUAAAAUAAUACUGUAAUUCAAAAUAAAACCGAUUGACAUCGCCUGCGUAGCCACAUUCGUAUGACAGCCUCCGCUUAGUCACAGCUAAACAAAACAUCUGUAAAAAUGACUUUUAGACAACAAAAAAGCAAAAAAAUUGAUUUCUUUGUUUCCAUCUCUGAAUAUAUGGUUUGAAGAGCCAGAUAAAAGCCACUGAAUUACACUGUCGUGCCAUUUUUUAAAAAUAACGGUAAGGCGUGUCUUGAGAAAGAAAUCUUC